AUGGAUUCGCUUACGACUCACCCGUCGAACGCGCAGCAGGCUCGUGCCUUCACCUCUCCCUCGUCCCUCUCUUUCCCCGGUGGUGCGGGCGAUCUCACUCCUCCCGGCUCUGAGAAGGAGAUUCAGGGUGCAAACGCGAUGAACAGCCAAGGAGGAAAUGCCAUCCCAGGCAAUGGGGUGAUCCCCGCUACUCCCGCCACUCCUGUCGCGACUCCCGGCGCGACCACUGGAAGCAGUGGUAUCGUUCCUACCUUGCAAAACAUUGUGGCUACUGUCAAUCUGGACUGCCGUCUGGAUCUCAAGACUAUUGCUCUGCAUGCUCGCAACGCCGAGUACAACCCUAAGCGUUUUGCCGCCGUCAUCAUGCGUAUCCGUGAGCCCAAGACCACCGCUUUGAUCUUCGCCUCUGGCAAGAUGGUCGUCACUGGUGCCAAGUCCGAGGAUGACUCCAAGCUUGCUUCCCGCAAGUACGCCCGUAUCAUCCAGAAGCUCGGCUUCAACGCCAAGUUCACCGACUUCAAGAUCCAGAACAUCGUCGGCUCCUGCGAUAUCAAGUUCCCCAUCCGUCUGGAGGGUCUGGCUUCUCGCCACCACAACUUCUCUUCCUAUGAGCCCGAGCUCUUCCCUGGUCUGAUCUACCGUAUGAUGAAGCCCAAGAUUGUGCUCUUGAUCUUCGUCAGUGGUAAGAUUGUCCUGACUGGCGCCAAAGUCCGUGAGGAAAUUUACCAGGCUUUCGAGAUGAUCUAUCCUGUGCUCAACGAUUUCCGCAAGGUCUAA